GCAAAUUCUGGAAAUCUGACAUUAAAGCUGGAAAGACUUGUGGAACGGGAACCAGGGUCGACGUUGGAGCUGGCGGGAAGGGCGUUAGCUUUCAUGCGGGAACAGUCCGCCCGGGCGCGCCCCCGCCGCCCCAUCGAUUUCAAACUGCGCAUGCGCCGCCGGCCCGCCGUGUGAGUCAGUGAGCGGGCGAGCGCGGCUCGGCGGGCAGAUCACCGACCGCGCCGAGGAAUUUCGGAAUACAAUGUCAGGAAAAAGACCAGUGAAGAGAUCAAAGGAUAAUCAGAAAAAGCAAGAUGAAGAAAGUAAAAAGAUAAAGAUCUCACAUUCCUCCCAUGGGGCAAACCCAGGAAUUGUCCUGACGCUGGGUCAGGGUGAUGUUGGCCAACUCGGCCUUGGGGAAGAUAUCAUGGAGAGGAAGAAACCUGCUUUGGUCAAGGAGCUACCAGAGAAGAUUGUGCAAGUGGAGGCUGGUGGAAUGCAUACUGUGUGCCUUGGACUGACAGGAAACAUUUACACAUUUGGUUGCAAUGAUGAAGGUGCACUUGGGCGGGAUACAUCACAGGAUGGAUCAGAAAUGGUUCCAGUCCGGGUUCUGCUCGAUGAACAUGUGGUCCAAGUUUCUGCUGGUGACAGUCAUACUGCGGCUCUGACUGAAAAUGGCCAAGUCUACAUCUGGGGCUCCUUCAGGGAUAACAAUGGAGUCAUUGGACUGCUGGAACCCUUGAAGACCAGCUUUCUGCCACAGCAGAUCCCCAUUGAUGUUCCUAUUGUUAAAAUUGUCUCAGGGAAUGAUCACUUGGCAAUGCUCUCUCUUGAUGGUGACAUUUUCACUUCUGGCUGUGGCGAGCAAGGACAACUAGGAAGAAUUGCAGAGUGUUUCACAAAUCGGGGAGGACGGCGAGGUCUAGAGCGACUACUGAUUCCCAAGAGCCUUCACCUCAAAUCCAAGGGGAGCGGGAAGGUGAAAUUUCGUGAUGUUUUCUGUGGUGCCUAUUGCACAUUUGCAAUUUCAAAGGAAGGCCACAUCUAUGGUUUUGGACUGUCCAACUAUCAUCAGCUAGGAACACAGGGCACGACCCCCUGUUACUCAGCACAUAAGCUAACUGCAUUUAAGAACUCGGCAAAGUCUUGGGCCAAAUUCUCUGGUGGACAGCAUCACACCUUGUGCUUGGACUCUGAUGGUAAAGUACACAGUUUGGGUCGAGCAGAGUAUGGACGCCUCGGGCUGGGAGAACAUGCCACAGAGAAGAGUACACCUACUGCCAUUCAAGGACUCCCUGUUAUCGCUGAUGUGGCUUGUGGGGCUUCUGUCAGUUAUGCCAUCAGCAAGGAUGGCCGAGCCUUUGCCUGGGGCAUGGGAACAAAUUUCCAGCUGAGCACGGGCGAUGAGGAAGAUGUGUGGAGUCCCAUCCAGAUGACAGGUCAGCAGCUGGAGAACAGAAUAGUGCUGUCCGUCUCCAGUGGAGGCCAGCACACUGUGCUACUUGUAGCAGAUCGUGGACAGAGCUGAUGAUAUCGGCUACUCUGCACAAAACCUACUGCCAAAACAAACCUCGACCUUUGUAAAGACUGAGCCCUGCACUUUCCCCGCAACCCUUGAAUGAAAUGUUUGUUACCACAGGAAUUAACUUUUAAUUUACUCAUUUGUUUGUUUUCUAUAACCCUAUGGAAUAUACAUCCUAUCUGGGCCUGGUACAAGUGUACCCUGCUGUAUCAUUUUAUUGUUCCUUUCAUUAAUUGAUGUAUGAACCAUGAUGUCUUUACUUUGAUGUGAAUUAAGUUUCAUUUUAAGUUAUCAAUUUUUUAUGUUAAACUCCCAAGCUUGUUUGGGGGGAAAGUGACUGGGCAGGCAAGUAGAUUGAAGAGGAAAAAAAAUAUUCUUUUAAAAUCUAAUAAAUCUUUUUGUGAUAGUU